AUUGAUUACUACAAUGGUUAUGAUGAAACUGGUGUGUUCCUUAGACAACCUUUGAUUGAUGAUCCUCUUCUUGAGGCUUAGAAUCUCUGAUGCUGAAGGACGGAUAAGGAACAUUUACUUCCCAUUUGAGACAGCUAUUGAUACUGCAUGGAGUGUAGCGGCUGAGAUGGUAUCAGAGCUCGACAUAACGAAUCAAGAUGUUGCGAAAAUCGCAGAGAUGAUCGAUGCAGAGAUUGCUGCAUUGGUCCCUGAUUGGAAAACUGACUUAAGUGAAUGCAAUAGACAUCAGCUCAUUUGUCAAAAGCCUUUGACGGUUAGCUUAUUUUGGGCUGUUAAAUGUCCUAUGAAACACGAUUCUGAAUUAGCUCAAAGGAGGAGAAUCAAAGCGUCGUCUUUUCUUCCUUCCGCUGCCAACAAAAUGGAGCUGUCGUCUGCGUCCGCCAUAUAUGGCCACUCCUCCUCCGCCGCUCAGCUUCUCAGACUGAAGCUCGGGUUAAUGGAUUUACUUCCUCGUCGAGCGAUGAUCGUUUCUUCUUAUUCUUCGAUUCCUCGAUUUUUGCGGAUGGAAUCUCAAUCAUGCGCUUCUUCUCCCAUUAAAAACGUUUCUCGGGCUACUUCUGCUUCUUCCUCUAUCGAAUUAGCUCGAAUUGGAGAAGUAAAGAGAGUAACAAAGGAAACGAAUGUUUCAGUGAAGAUUAAUUUGGAUGGUACUGGAGUUGCAGAUAGUUCUACUGGAAUUCCUUUUCUUGACCAUAUGUUAGAUCAACUUGCUUCACAUGGCUUGUUUGAUGUGCACGUUAGAGCUACUGGUGAUGUUCAUAUUGAUGAUCAUCACACUAAUGAAGAUAUAGCUCUUGCCAUUGGAACAGCUCUGUUAAAGGCUCUUGGUGAGCGUAAAGGGAUUAACCGGUUUGGUGACUUCACAGCUCCUCUAGAUGAAGCGCUUAUACAUGUUUCCUUGGACUUGUCUGGUCGACCAUAUCUUGGUUACAACUUGGAGAUUCCAACCCAGAGAGUUGGAACUUAUGACACUCAGUUGGUGGAGCACUUCUUCCAGUCGUUGGUGAAUACUUCUGGUAUGACACUUCACAUCCGGCAGCUUGCUGGUGAAAACUCUCAUCACAUAAUAGAGGCGACCUUUAAGGCCUUUGCCAGGGCUCUACGACAAGCAACAGAGGAUGAUCCACGUCGCGGUGGGACGAUACCAAGUUCAAAAGGAGUCUUGUCACGAUCUUGAGAGCUGAGCAAACACACAAGACAGUUCCCAGAUUCACACUUCAUCGUCGAGUUCAUGAACCAACAUCGAUUUUCUGAUGUUGCCAAAUCCCAAACCUGUUGGAUCUUGUUCUUCCAUUGAAGCGCAAAGAGCAAAAUGUGAAAAUAGAAUGAAGAUCACACAGUUCA